AUGGCCGCCGUUCAACGCGCAACGAACAUCAAACUGUUCAUGGUCAUUCUUUCAUUAUUUGCAAUAUCGAAGGAGGAAUUCUAUCCACACUCUGCUGAUCAUCUGGAGUUUAAAAGGAGGAAAAUGCUACAAGAUUUAAAGGUAGGCCUUUGAAAAAAAGGCUAUGAAAUGAGGGAUUAAAAUUAAUACAAGGAAGUAGGAAAAUAAUGAUGAUUGUUAUUGUUAUAUCUAAACUUAGUAUAAAUGGCAGUUUGUGUGGUAGAAUAUAAUGUUUUGCUUUUAUUUGAAAAGGUAAAACAAUACUAACAGGAAAAAGGAUCAAUUAAACAUAAAAAUAAGGUUUUAUAUAAAAAAAAGACUAUUGUAAAGCCUCUUGUUGACUGUUAUCGAAUUAUUAAUUCAUUGAAGUUUAAAGUGAGAUGUCCAAUAAUUAGUAAAUUUCUUUUAUUUUCAGACAAAACAUAGCAAUGUCGGCGAUUUUCAGUGUAGCAAACGUGACAGCCAUCUUGUAGGCAAUGCAUCGCUGCUGGCUUGCAGUAUUGCGUGCUCUGCUUUCAGGCAAGUAAGGCCGUAAUUUUGAUGCUUGUUUCUUGGUAUAUUGUUCUUCAAAAACCAAAGGUCUCAGUUAACAGCAAUGGUUAUUGCGAUGACUAUUAUUGUCAAGGAGAAUGAAAAGUUUUCUUUAGUUAAGUUUGGAAUUAAUUGGCGUCUCCUGUUGGCCGCUAUAAUGAGUGAGGAAUUCUAAAACCUUUUUUUCUGAUAGCUUUUCUCAAUGGUAUUGUGUAAAGUAUAUUAGGAUGCUGGGAUAUGAACAUUGAUUCCAUAGGACAAAGUGGUCCGAACAUGAUUUGUAAAACCCACUGGCCCCAUUAAGUUCCAGACUUCCGCCACAUGAAAAUUAACCCACUAAUUUCCAAGAUCUAGAGUGACUAAUAUCAACUUUCUCCUAAAAAUAUCAAUAGAUUACCAUGAGAAAAGGUGACCACUUAAGGAAAAUACUUUGAUCUUUCGUCCAAUUCUCUUUCAAGAUCUUUAGACAUUUCAAGAAAUGUCUAAAGAUCGGUCCGGAGAAUUUGUAUGUGGAUAUUAGGGCUGAAAAGGUUAAUUGGUGUAGUUUUUUCUUCGCUCUUCCGUUGUGACACGACUGUGACAUUGAUCAAUGAUUAGUUCACAGCAAACCUAAAACGUUCUUGGAGGAAGAUGAAUGGGUUAAUUUAUUUAGUUAUUCCCACGGAGUUAACGCGCAUGUACACUCUCAUUAGACUUCUGCUAGCCACAACAAAUUAAGCAAAAGUGUGACUCCAGGCAAUUAGGUAACUGGAGUAACAGUCGUAAUAUAAUAUAUGAAAGCUUUGAACACCUGUCUCCAACCGAUUUACCGAAUAAACUAAAUUUCCAUUUUGGAUAUACGAUAACUUAUUCUUGUCUCGCUAUUCACACUUAAAAACCGGUUUCUUUUCAAGUUGCAUCGUGAACUUUAAAGGAUUUCGCCAAAAUUUGACUAAGAACUUCCAGCCCUCUUAUUAAUGCGGUAAAGGUCGAUCCAAGAUAAACUGUUAUUAACCAGAACAUAACAAUGAAGACCUGCCUUAAACAUUUUUUGUUAGAAUUAGGCUGGGUUCGUUUAAGUUCCUGUGUUGUUUUACUCGUGUCAUUAGUUUUGGCUUCUUGGUUUAUCGCAAACAGAGAAAUAGAAAACAGAUCACAGCAAAAAGCCGAAGCUGAAGGGACAGAGAAGAAAGAUUAUCCACAUGUGUUGACGAGGCUAGAACCCGUAGAGGUAAGACACAUAUAUUUUUGUUCAAGCAAAAACAAUAGUAAUUAUUAUGAUAUUCAGUGUGUCUUUAUAUCGCAGUUUAUUGAUCACUGCCAUAGUUUUCCUUAAGGCAUUUAUAUUGACAGAAAUAACCUUUCUAAACCAUUUACGACGUAUGAAUAAUAAAAAAUCCUUUUUGCUUUCAUUGUUAACACCAGAUGCAGAAAAGGGUAAUUUUAUGGAAAUUGUGUCCUUUCUCCUGACGUUCUCAGUUGUCACUUAACCUGAGAAACACCUUUAUCUGCUUUUCGCUUGUUACUUAAAUUGCCAGAAGCGCAAGCAUAUUGCGUACGAAUAAUCUUUUAUCUACAUGAACGAUACUUAAGAGUCAAUUAAAUGGCUUUUUUUUCGGCUUACUCUUUACUCAUGAUAAACUUUUUUCGUUUGGCCCGCCUUAAAUUCACGUCCUCGAUUUUUAAUACUACCAGGGCAGGGAAAUUACUGUAAAGUAUACUGAGUUAGUUUGUUAGGGAACCUUUUGGGUCGCCGCAAGUUCAGUCAUCUCGAGAUCUAGCGGGCCCAGUUGUUGAAGAGGUGGGUAGUGCUAUCCACAGGAUAAAUCUCUAUACAGUGGAUAGUGCAAUUGGUUUCCCUAAUACUUAUCCACUAGUUAGUGGUGCAUCCGGUGGAUUGCGCUACCCAACUUUUGAAAAACUGAUUGAGGCCUAGAGAAAGGAACACAAGAUCAUCUGAACUGCCUUCAAAUCUUUCUGACUAUAUCUUCUCAAAAACGUUAUUGGUGAUAGGUAUUUUCAUUUGCCUACAACGACAGCCGCGUUUUGUCACUGCCCACCCCCUUUUUGAUUUUUGCAUGAUUGAAUUCAGUCUUGCAUUGAAGGUUUAUACAGGAAGGAUUUCAAUUUUUGGACGAAUCAACAGAACGUUAGCAAUUUUCAUAAACUUAAAACACGCAGCCCAUUAAACAUGAUAAAAUACACACUUGCUCGAGUUUUUGCACUAAUUUUGGACAUAAUUUUUGCUUUAUGACACUAAUUUAGCAAUUCUCGUUUAUCCAGAACAAUUUAAUGACAGUUUUGAAAGGCGUUUGGCUAUUAACAAGAAAAGUGAAACGUGAAUGUCGCCUUUUUUACUGAUAAAAGCUUAAUAAAUGCUUGUAACUUACGAGUGGCAAAAAAGGCAAGAGAAAAUGGUUCAGGAGAAACUUAUACGAUUUUUCUUUUUAAUCUUACUUUCUUAUCAAAAAUAGCGAGAAAAGCCAGAAAGUUAUGAUUUUUUAAUUUCUGAUAUGAUCUAGGAUUUUACAACCUAUCUCCAGCUGUUUAAAUAUAUCUCGGUCACUUGUGAUGUUUGGUUGUGUUUCCUCGUUUUUAUUAAAAUAUGCGCACAUUAAACCUUUUCCCAUUUCAAAUCCGUCAAGAAGAAACUAGUUUGAUUUUAGCGUUGAAAUAUUUCAAUCUCAAAAAAUACAUCAACGUAAGCGAAAGCAAGUGCUAGAGGGUCCUACUAGAGGUUUCAAUUUUUACGCACAUUUUAUUUAACUCACGGGUUCUAUAGCACGCUAUAGAAUUUCAUCCCAAAAAUCGGAGUGUUAAGGACGUGGAAAAAGCAUUUAGGUGAAAGCCAUUAACAUGGUCUCUUUCCUGUGGCUUUGUUCAGCCUUAAGUGCCGCUAUUGCGCAUGAAGGAAAUUCAAGCUGUGCCUCGCGUUCUAAUCACAUGCAUAUCCUUUAAUACCGUGAUCUCACAGACUCAUUUUUUAAAAAAUAAAGCUUCGACUAAACAGCAGGUAUUUAGUUCUUACUAAUUCAAAGCCAUAAAUCUUGAGAAUUUGUCUCAACUUAGCAUUAUAAACGGAAAGCAUCUGACGACGUAUUUACAAUUGCUAUAUAGCUGGAAAUGUUUUCAUUUUUUUUAAGCGCGCGCUCUCAUUGGUUGGUUCGAGGUCACAUGACAUCUAACGUUGAAACUGUUUCCCGCCAAAAUCUCUGAACGGACAACAUUGCGAACUCUAUAACGUCAGAGGGUAACAGUGCACCGUUACCCGCGAAUGUUGACCGAUGACUGCAGUUACAGCGAGGUUUAAUGAAUUUCUAGCUCCGCUUGAGAUUCUCGGGAAACAAAAUUAACUGUUUCCCUCGGGAUCAGUCAUUAAGUGCUUAUUGUUUGCCCAAAUUUCCAACACCUUUUAAGAUUUAGAAGGCCAUGGAAAAGGAAGCACUUCGAGAACAUUACCUUAAGAGCUAAACAGCCUCUAAAGAUUCAAGUAUUCACAAAAAACAUAUUUUUCGGAGGAGGCGAUACUGUAAACAGCCAGCAUGUCACGAUCAAGGAAAAAAAAACGAUUUAACCCUGAGUUCCCGACAGGAUUCGAACCUUGGACUUCCUGAACACUUGGCAGGCGCUCUAUUCAUUUUUAUUUAUUUAUCACCAUAUUUUAUUAUUUUUUCUAUCUUUACAAGGUUGGAUAUGUGCGCGAGCUCUAUUUAGUUCCAGGAAAAGUUCACAAGAUGAAGACCUUAAGUUUAAGGCCAGCUCUCUUUGGUAAUCAAACUGUUUUGAACAUGAAUCUUUUAAGUAUAUUAGAGUUCCCGCCAUAUUUGAAGGUCAAGGUGUUUUUACCUUUUUAGCACAAAAAUCCAUCGCGUACAAUUAUCAAGCUUUCUCCUUAGUACAAUAUUUCACAAUACUACAAGAAGGUACUGUCAUGCCUUUUCAGGAAGCCAAUAGAGCAUUUCAUCUGAACCCUGUAUUAGCCAGUAAUACUGAAAUGAUUAUUGUUUCGAUUUAGCUAUCAUAAGUUGAUUUCGCCGAUUGAUAUCGCUAUGAAAGUAUAUCGUAUUUACAUUCAGAAGAUUAUUUUAUUUUGAUUCAGCUGAUCACAUUUAACCUGUCACAUUUUUUUUCUUUCUGUUAGAAAUUGAGGAUUUUCUUACGGAGCAGGAAUGCAAUGACAUUAUUUUCAUGGCACAGACACAAGGACUUGAGAGAUCAAAGACCCUAGGAGAACAAUCCCUGGACGAAAACGGAGACGGCAGUGAUAAUAGUUCUAAUCCAGAAUUGAGUCCGGCUGAAAUUUUUCAGGGAUUGGAUUCCGACAAUGAUGGAUCUCUUGAUGUGGGAGAGGUGAAUAAAAACCAUUUCUAGGGAGAAGGGAGGGGAGGGGUGGGGGUGGGGGUGGGUUCCAUAGAGACAAUAGAAAAUUUUUGAAGGCAAAUUCCACGUGUUACUGUUUUAGACCAUAGAAGUGGUCCUACACUGUUAUAACAAAGUUUACAACAGUGUUCUUUAUGAGCACUCCCUAACUAUUUAUAAUUACAUGUUAACCAUACCAAUAUAGACGGUUCCUUAAAGCGACAUACAUUUUUUCUUGUCAUCUAAUAACUCUUAGAUAAUUUUCGCUUGAUGUGUUUUGCUUUCUGUUAAAGGUCGCAAGAGGUGUUUUGGAUCUGGGACGAGUCAUAGUCAAUGUAGAUGAUGUUAAAAAGAUGUAAGCCAUGAUUUGUUGAUAGUGUUACGAUAGUCACGCACCAAGCACUUGCUUUCACCAGUCUUUGUAGUCAGGUUUUGAAACUUUACCCAAAUAAGGGGCAAAAUGUUAAUGUCGAAGUAUAGAUCACGACGAAGGGGUAUAUGAUGGCUACCAGUCAUUGUUACUUGAUUGUUGGUUUGUUGGUUUUGACGUUUUCCACUUAAAACAGAUUAUUUACGAAAAGCAAAACACCGAAAAUUCAGAAAGUCGUCAUGGAGUGCGAAAUUGCCGUUUCAGGCUACCGUGGGGGUUUAUCGCGAAUCAAAGACACUGGAAUUAUUCAAAUAUUUAUUUAAGUUAGUUUACGUAGUUUCAAAGAGAUGGAAAUUAACUAAAACUUUGUUAUUUUCUUGGAAUACGUAAUAAAAUAGUCAACAUCUUGGCACGUUUGUCCUUGAAAGUUGCCGUUUGAACAAAUAGCCAUGUCUCACUUGGUGUUCAUAGCUAAAACAGGUGUUUCAUCAUUGUUCUAUCAUUGUUUCAUCAUUGUUUUGUUUCAUUUUCUUAGGAUAUCCGAUCUCGAUAUGGAUCCCAAUAAGGACGGUAAGAUACACAGUAUGAAGAUUUUACCCAUAUCAUGUCUCUUGUCAAUUCUAUCCUGGAUGGAAAAAUCCAAAAGGAACAAUGGGGAGAGAAAUCCAGCGGACACAGCAGGGCUAAACAAAGCCAGUGCUGAUGUUAUAUACAAACCCUGUUCACCCUUAAAGGUUUCAAAUGAACCACAAUUAUUUGCCUUUUUGAUAUCUUGCAGGUAUUAUAAGCUACGAGGAGUUCGAAGAUUUAACCAAAAAGAAUAAGGAAAAAGAAUUAAGAGCCUAUUUGGAGAAAAUACAUGAAACAAAUUCAAAUAAACGCACAAGAGACAGUAGCACUACGUUCCUUGAUCCAUAUGAGCACCUUGAUUUUAAACCAUUCUUUGAGAGUCUGAGAGACAGGUACGAGAUUCCGAUUUGUUGCGAACUAUAUACCUUUUCUCACCAAAACGUCAAAGCGCCCACCACACAUCCAAAAGCACUUUUUGAUAAACUUUGUAAAAGAAAAAGUAGCCGAAACAGAAAAGAAAUCUUCUAUUUAGUUUGUCUCACGUUAACAUUUUUCAAUAUUCCAUCCACAGACGCAAAAGUUAAUCCAAACUUCUGCGCGCCGUAAUACUCAACAACAAAGGAAACUUCUUCUUAAUCUCUUUGCUGCAGCUAGUACCAUGCAAUUGUAUUAAUCCAUUGAAAAAAGCUAUUUUUACUAACACUACCUACAGGGUGAAUCUUGACCACAACCCUUGUCGUCCCACUAACUGUUUAAAUGCAAAGAUUUUAUGAAAAGGGGGUAAGGAACAUUUCAACUCAGAACGAAGCCGUAAAAAAAACAUGUAGAAAAACAUCUGCUUCCCUAUUCAUAAUACCAGAAGACUUUCGCAGCUUGUACUUGCCACAGCAAUUAUUCCUCAAUGUGUUCGUAUUUUAAUUGGAAUCCAUUCCUCUGCUUUAGAAUACACUUGGCGACCAACCUCCCUAAAGAUAUGAUUUGGAGCAGUGAAAAUUUGCAGGUUUGUCUAGGACACUCUACGCUGUUAUGGUCAGAGAACUGGCAUUUUAGUCUGUCCCCUAACAAAGGUAUACAAAAUGCUGGUGACUCUCUUCUUCCCUGCCUGACAAUCCCAAAGAACUCUCAACCUAAAGAAUAGUCACACCGCUUCCGCCUUAACUCCCAAGAGUAACUUUUGAAGUAUUUCAAUUUUAACGUAGUAAAGGCUAAGAUGCAAUCUGUAUCAUGAUAGUGUGCAGCUAAACUAGGUUUUGUUUGAAUCGUCACACCAUAGGAUUUCUUCUAGAGGCUUAAGAAUGAAAACCGUCCGAUACGUCCUCACAACUACCGAAAUUUAGUCGCGCCAGCGACUUAAUCUUAAUGAAGUGCCGAGGUAACGUGACUGACUUAACUGCAAAUAUAUAUAAAAAAAGACAUUUCCGGCUUACUUUACUUUGGUCCAGCGAAUGAAAAUGAUAACCUACCAGCGCGUGAUGUAUUAGACGUUUUGGCUACUUCAAUAUUCCAGGUUCUAUUUCAAUAUUUCAGGUCGUCAGGUAUCAGGAAAAGCAACAUUAUCAUUGUCAUUUUGACUCGGAAGAGGAAGUAGUGAUGAACACACCUUGUUGUCAUUACACUGAAAAUUUAUAUGAAGACGAUAACUUAGACUGCGUUCCAUGCAGGUAAAAAACUUUAUCUUUCAUAGUGCUGCUCAGCCUCAAUGUCAAUUGCAAUUUCUUAUUUUACAGACACUUAUUACCUUACAUGCUAGUUUUUUUUCCCAUAUAUUUUCUGCAUUAAAAAUAUAUUUUCUGCAGUAAACAUAUAUUUUCCUUUAGCAUUCAAAGACCAAGUUUUUAGGGAUUGCUAAUUAGGGGAGCAAGGGAUGGCGAAGUGGUGAAGGGCCUAGCCUACGGGCAAGAUCUCCAGAGGCCUCGCCUUCCAACUGUGUGGCUCGUAUUCACACCCCGGUAUCGACGCCAUGUCUGGGUUGCCGCCGGCGAGUUUGUGGUUGGUUCUCUCCUUUGCUCCGAGAGGUUUUUCUCCGGGUACUCCGAUUUUCCCCUCUCCUAAAAAUCCAACAUUUCCAAAUUCAAAUUCGACCAGGAAUCAGGUAGCCGAAGAACCACUAUGUGGAUGUGCUACCUCUAAAUUGUCAUUUAUUUGAUUUGAUUUGUUUUAUUUGGUCAUUAAAAAACUGACUGCAACGUUUAUUAUUAUUCCUUCAUAAUCAGGUACUUGACGCUCUUUUAUUAUCUUAAUGAGCCAAAACUGGGUGGUGAAACUGCUUUUCCUGUGGCGGACAACUUUACCUUUGCGGAAAAUGAGGUGAGGCCUAUUUUUACCGUUCUUUAUUUAUGAAUACCAUUCCCUCACAAAGCAUUUUCUAAUUACGUCACAUUGAAGUGACAUUCAUACUCCGCAGUAGAGCUAGUCCUUAUAUAUGCUGACGGCAAACUUGCUAAGUUUCACCACCGAGCCUUGUUUGCAGAAAUUUUUUUGAAUGGAAAUUUUUUUCAAUUUACCACUACUGGGAAUUAACUUUUGUGAAUUUCUCAAGUUAACAAUACAAAAUCGAGGAAUGGUGAUGAAAUUUGCUGUCCUGAUAGUUGAGCCUACAUUAAGCGGCAACCCUUCGGGGUACAGGGAGGGGCCACCCAAUACUUCGUCAUAAAUUAGUGGCGUAGUUGUAAUUAAAUUUCAGCCCUACUCGCCAUGGAGCCUCCAGUAGCUCAGUGGUUAGAGCGUCCGAACUAGACCUUGGAGGGUCGCGAGUUCGAUUCUCACCCGGAGCUGUCCCCGGAGGUCGGAAUUUUUUCUGAGCGUCCUGGUGUUAGAAAUCUCCUUCUUUCAAAUUGGUAUAACCUUUAGCUGAAACCUCGCUUUAUAUAGCGCUUGUUGGCCGCUUAAUAGAGGAGACAACAAUAGGUGAAUCCCUCGUCGCGAGGGCCGCGUGUGCUUGAUGGAGGGGGGCGCUUAAUGGAGGUUUUAUCUACGAUUCUUCCCUGCUAUUAUUUCCGGGCUUUGAUUAUUGGCCGCUUAAUAAAGGGUAGCUGAUUAAUAGGUGGCCGUUUAAUGGAGGUUCAGCUGUGGUUAGACUGAUUUAUGGUUCAGCCAGUCACCUAACCUGUCUGUCUGCCAAUCAAUCAACCAAUGCAAAUCAUGACAUUUAAAUCCUAUGUCCGUAUAUCCAAAAAGGAAAUCAUGACCGUGACGAUUGAUCGGAUAAAUAGUCCUUGGUACUAUGAUCGUUGACAUUUGACAAAAUUUUGCUUUGAAUAACCCUAACAAUGAUUUCUAAGAACCUAUAUUAAACGCCAAAAAGUGUUUAAUUAAUCGUGAGUGAAAACAAGUCGUCAAGCCUGCUAAGAAAGCUUUUUCUCAGCUCACCUUUCUAUGAUUUGAUACUCCGAGUGGCGAUGAAGCACGUGACUUUGAUAACUAAAACACCUGUUUCGUAGAUCAUGUAAUGACAAAAUUUUUUCUCACUAUUUUUAGUCCAACGUAGAUAGAGAAUUGCUCAUGUGUGACUUGGCCGACCACUGUUACGAUUCCAGUCUUUAUUACAAACCAAAACGUGGCACUGCGUUGCUGUGGUACAACCAUUUUGUUGACAAUGAGACCGGCUGGCUGGGACCUAUGGAUUUCAUGAGCUUUCAUGGCGGUUGUAACGUCAUUGAGGGAACGAAAUGGGCCGCAAACAAUUGGAUCAAUGCUGGGCCAUCACGCGAGCUAGAUGUAACACUUUGGGAGGAGACGCGAUUGAUGGAGGAAGAUUUUCAGGAAAGGAUGAAAAGAGAACCUUGGGAGGAACAAACUGGGCAAAAGUCAAGUGACGAGCAAAGUAAUUAUAAGGAAGAAAAACCUUUGGAAAAACAAAAUGGGCUUGAGUAAAUUAUAGAGUUUUCAAUUGAAAAGAAGCCUUCAGAAGAACAAACGAUUAACAAACAAAGCAAUUAAGAAACAGAUCAAAUACAAAACUGAUCAGUAUUGGAGAUUGGUCCCACUCAGCAGAAUCUAUGGCUUUACUUCGUCGGACUUUUCGUGUGUCCCGUGGCCGUCGUAUGGCUAUUAAUAGCUACUACAUAGUAUUUUCAUGUAAGGGAGAGCGGUUUUUUUUUUAAAGUAAAUUACAAAACCUAGGAUAAAUGGAAACUAACUGAGCAGUGGGGUUCCUUCUAUUAUACCAAAUUUUCGGAAAGUUUGGUUGAAACAGAGAUGGAAUGUUUCGGUCCAGGGCGGACGAGGUUCCGGAAAAGCGCCUCGCCUCCAAAGGUGGUCCUCUCUAAUCGAUCGAUCCGGUCCGACCGAAACUUGUCAUCCCGUUUCCAUAAAUUAUUGCUUCCAGUUCCUCUUUUUAAGAAGAAACCAAAAGCUCCGCUAAAUCGUAUACUAAUUGGAACGCUUCGGUCCAAUUAGAAGUUUCGUUCGAUCGAAAAACGUUGCUAUAUUUUUUCUUUGUAAGUUACUUAACUCAAUUUAUCUAGCAUGAGAAAAGAAACCGUUUGAAACCGUAUAUUGAUCUCAUUCUUUUCCAACUGCGGUAGCAGAGAUAAACUGGAACAUUAUGGAAAGAAAUAAAGCACCC